AUGGCCAAAAAGUGGGCUGCUUCUUCUCGGGCCCGUUGCCUACGCACUGACGGCCCUCUCUCUGUUAAAGGAAUACGGGAGCAUCAGCUGGAGGUGAUCAUUGUUCCCACGCUGCUGCUCCUGGGCACCCUGGUUACGCUGCUGCCCCUGAUCAUUCUGAGGUGUUGCUGUAGGACGAGGCGGCCCGCCGUCGCUGCCCCACAGCGCUACCACAGCUCCACGCACAGGCGCACAAACACACACAACCACAGACAGCACCUACGUGGCAUCGAUGCCCCGGCAGGGAUUGACCCUCUGGAGCACGAGGAGCUGCCAAUGACAGUUCAGCAGGCCAGAAGCAACGUGAAGCCCACCCCGACUGCAGUCCCACAGACGUCCACAGAGACACACCACGGCGCCUUCAGCCAGGCCACCGCGCUGCCGCAGUCUUUCUCCAUCAAGCCCAACGACACAGUCAGCCUGUACAGAGCGCGCAUGCACAACAGGGACGUCGUCCUGAGGAGGCUGAAAGACACAGCGAACAGCACUGAAAAACAGCACUUUUUGGGGUUUGCGUCCUUCAUGUCCCAGCUGGGCCCCCACCCAUUCAUUCCUCAGCUGCUGGGAGUGGUGUCAGCGCAGCUGCCUCUGAUCAUUGUGGUGGAAGAGCUGAGGCACAGAGACCUGCUGGGCUUCCUGUGGAAAUGCAGACAGGACAACUCAAGCUAUGACAUGACAGAGAAGAGGAUCUUCUCCAUGGCUGGACAAGUGGCCUCAGCUUUGGAGUACCUACACAGCCAGCACUGCAUCCAUGGUAACGUGGGAGCUCGCAGUGUUCUGGUUGGUGCUGAUCUGACGGCCAAGCUGUGGGGAUUGGGUUCAGCCUACCGCAGAAGAACGCAAGCGGGAUCGCCGGGGCCUGUGGAGGACAUGGAGCUGAGGAAAUGGCGAGCGCCAGAAGUGCUGGCCGGCAGACCGGCCAAUCAAAGCAGUGACAUAUGGUCCUUCGGGAUCCUCCUUUAUGAAAUGGCCACGUUGGGUGAUCCACCUUUCGCUGACGUCAUGGGGACUGAACUUCUGCAGUAUCUUCAAAGAGGAAAAAACCUCAAGCGGCCAGCAAACUGCUCCAACUCACUUUACUCAACAAUUCGGUCGUGUUGCCACUGGACUCAACAACGACGCAUCUCCUUAACGGAACUACGUAGGAUACUGCAGGCCGGAGAGGAAACAGCCAAUGGGAGGACAGUUCUGAGAGUGCCGGAACCACUAAACUUCGGACAAUACCUGAGAGAGGCGGGAUAUGGAGAAGCCUACAACUAUGCGGUGUUCUGAUUGGUUCCAACCCCGAUCAAUCAUUGGAGACUAAACACAACGUGCAGCAAAAAAAAAAACAAAAAAACGGAAACGGAUUGAAAUGAAAGCAAAUAUAUAAAAUGCAUAUUGAAUUAUUUUAUAUUUGUUUAUUCCGAUUGAGAACUUGAAAUCGGUUUUAAAGCACAAACUUUUGGUUUGUUCAGGAGUAAUUUAUUCUUCUUUUGUAAAUGUAUAUUUUUUUCCAAAAUAUCGAAAUAGUUUUUCAAAUGCUUGUAAAAAUGAAGAGAA